AUGAGCGAUUUUUCCGUACGAACUUAUACGAAAACUAUGGCAGCUGCGGCCAUGCGUCGCAACUGUUGUUGCUGGAAGCGUGUCAGGAUGUUACUCGUGUGCUCUGUCAUCCUGUUUGUUCUGAUCAACGUGAUACUGACAUUGCUCACCGCUAACCGCCAAACAGUCGAAUCGGCUACUGCCGCUGCAGGUGUUGGUUACAAUACCAGUAGUAAAUGGCUUCAAAAUGGCGACGCAGCAAAGUAUAUAUCUAUUGAAGUCUUGUCUAGUAAAAACCGUGUGAGGAUAUGUGUCGAUGAUGCAACGGUGAUUGACGAUAGUGAUCCAUUAAACAAUAGAGGCAUGCAUGUCGUUGUCCUAAAUCAACAUACUGGUAUGGUGAUGGCUCAACGGGUAUUUGACACAUAUAUGGAUGAUGAACCACUCAUUGGUUUUUUGCAUCGAGUGUCCUCUGGCCGUAUAAUGAUAUUUGCUGUUAAAGAUGAGGCCUCAUUCCAUCUCACUAAUGAAGGUAGACGUGCAAUGCAAAUGCAUACUGGUGCAGGUGGUGCUAGUGCUAGUAGAAGUGGAACUGGAUCCGCUGCAGGUGGAUCAUUAUGGCUCUCUGAACUCGGUUGGCGUGAUAUGUGGGCAAUGGUAGCUAAACAUCAUAAUAAUGACCCAGAAGAAGAAAAAAAUAAUGGUGGUGUUGGUGGUCGUGUAUACGGAGAGAGUUAUAAUAGUAACCCGAGCUUAGUCGUACAGCACAACAGUAAGAAUGCACCAGCCUUGUCUUCUUGGGGCACUGAUGUUUUAUUACGUGUACAAGUUCCACUCGACGUUAAUCGUAGUCAUAACAAUCAAAAUGAUGAGUGGUGUGAUUCUUGGAUAACAGCUGGUGCUUCUGAAGAUAAUAAUGAUGAUGGUGGUGAUUUUGUUGAUAGUGGUUCCAUUAUUGAUGAUGACAUUAUAGUUGAAUCACCACUGGCACGGAGGCAACGGUUCUGCAGUCGUAUCGAGGGCUAUGGUGAUGUAUGUAGUUGUGCACAUCCUGCACCUUUGGAUUUCCAUCCAUUACCUAUACCUGAUUCAAAUAUUGAUCGAGUACCUGUGGUAAUAAUAGCUGGUAAUCGAGCUGACUAUCUUUACAGGACAAUAAAAUCUGUACUAAAUGCUCGAGGUGUUCAACGACAUAUGGUUACUGUUCAUGUGGACGGAUACUAUGAUGAACCAGUUGAAGUAGCUCGGCUGUUGGGUGUAAGAGCUGUACAGCAUAUGCCUGCUGUAGGUGAAUCAUCCAAUGCAGUUGGUGGAGGGCGUAUUACAAGUAAUACCAAUUCACGCCGCCGUCGAGUUACACAGCAUUACAAAUCAGCCUUAACAAACACAUUUAGUUCACUGUUCCCGCAGGCUGAUUAUGCUAUUGUGUUGGAAGACGACUUAGAUGUUUCUGUUGACUUUUUUAGCUUUUUCAGUCAGACUCUUCCAUUGUUGGCUGCAGCUGACGACUCAACUGAUGGUGAUGGUGGUUCUGGAUCACUGUACUGUAUAUCUGCAUGGAAUGACCAGGGAUAUGAACAUACUGCUAGUCGACCAGAUGUUUUAUAUCGAAUUGACUGGAUGCCAGGAUUAGGAUGGAUGCUUAAAAGGUCUUUAUACAAGGACCAGCUAGAAUCAGAAUGGCCAACAGUAGAGAAACCCUGGGAUUGGGAUAUGUGGAUGCGAUCAACCAAAGUGCAACGUGGACGACAAUGUAUAGUACCAGAAGUCAGCAGAACAUAUCAUUUUGGAUCAUCUCGUUCUGUUAAUGUGAAUCCAUAUUUUCAGCAUACAUACUUUGGUCGUCAUGCAUUCUAUAACCCUAAUUCUGCUGUAAAUGGAGCAAAUGCUGGAUCUCAUAGUGGUGGAACUGGUGGAGAAUAUGACGAUAGAGGGGGCCUGAUUCGUUUCAAAAACAUAGAUAAGAUGACUCGAAUAACAUACCUUGGGUGGAUGGAACGUAGGAUCAUAACAGAAGGACAACUAUUAGAUCACAGUAGGUGGCCAUGUCGAAAAAAACAAUGGAAUAAUGGAGGUAACAAAAAUAAUGACAAGAGAGUGCAUGAUGCUGGAAACAGAAACUAUUAUCAAUCAGACGAAGAAUUUUUUGUUAUUGAUGAAAUGAUGAAUAAUGACAAUACAAUUAAAUCUAAAAAAUUAUUUAUAUUAUAUAUAAAAAUGGAAGAUCCAUCUGGUGGCAAUAGAAAUGCAGCAAAUGUUGCUUGGACUCCUUUGGCAAAGUGCUUAGGCAUAUGGGACCUAGACAUUAGAGGACAUUAUAAGGGAAUGUGGCGACUAUAUCUUAAUACUGAUAGUCAAGAUGAUGGAACAAAUGCAGAUGAAGAAGGAAUUCCAGCACAUAUUAAGAGCGGUUCCGAAUUAUUUAUUAUCAGUUGCCCAUUCUCAUACUUUUGCAAAUUCAAGCCGAUGAAUGUAACUGCAUUAUGGUACAACAGUAUUGGUAUUGGUGAGGAUGAUGAUGGCGGAGACGAUAUUUAGUAGACUCUAAACUGCUGAGGAAAAGAAAACUAAUUUUUAAUGUAGUUAUUACCAUUAAAUUAUAUUAUAUUAUAUAUUACAUAUCUAUGUUGAAUGUUUAUAAUUACUUUUAUUAAAAUGUUUUUUUUUUAUUGUUUAAUUUUAAUCAUCUCAUUUAUUAUUAUUUUGUAAAAACAUAUUUAUGUGAGUUUUAUUUUAAGUAUGUAUUAUAUCUUUUUCGGUUUCUAAUUAAAGAAAACUGCCAACUCAUAGUAUUUUAAACCUAAAUUGUAAUGUAGAGACUGCUUUAAUUUCUUACUUAAUUUAAUUUCCCAGCUUAAGCUGGGUUCAUAUGACUUAUGUUCUUGCCAAAAUUUAUCAUUUUAAAUGAUACUUACAAUAAUGCCGUAGGAUCAGUCCACCUGUAGUAUUAUUUGUCAUUCAUGCAUUUCCCGAGGAUGUGGCACAAGUUAUAGGAACAGCAAAUAUGUCAGGUGUGAAAACUCUGCUUAAGUAUUAAAUUGAGAGUAUUUUUACUCUAUUAACUAUAAAAUAUAAUAUAAUAUAAUAUUUGUUAUUUUAUUUCAAGAGUAAUACAACGAUGAACUAACUAUUUUGUUUUUAAUGUGCUUAUAAUUUGCUUUACAUUUACCCCAACGAUGACAUGUGUUGUAUUUUAUUAUUACUUAAGUUAAAAUUACAUAAUAUUUUUGUAUUAAGGUUGUAGAGACUGC